AAAUUGUUCUUUCUUCCAUUAUAAAAAGGUCACAAUUAUUAUUUUUUUGUUUCAUUAUCUUCCAGAUUUCUCAAAACUCAAAAUCCCUCUUUUUUUGUGAUUAACCUGAUCACUCUACCAGCACCGGUCAAACUGAAAUCAACCACAGAAGUCACAAAUUUGUUAAGUGAUCCUAAAAUAAUGGAGUCUCAUGAUGAAACAGGACGCCCCAUACUUUGUGUUAACAAUUGUGGCUUCUUUGGAAGGGCUGAAACCAUGAAUAUGUGUUCCAAAUGUUACAAAGACACCUUGUUGAAUAAGGAACAGGACAAACUAGUGGCAGCAUCGGUUGAAAGCCUUGUGAGUGGCAGUUCAACGAAAGAGGUUGUGAACAAUGGUGCUAUUGAUUUACAAGUUGGAAAUGUCGAGGUCAAGACCAAGACGGUCGGUGCUGAGAUUUCAGGAGAUUCAUCAUCUAGUGAGACUCUCGAGACCAAAGUCAAGACAGGUCCAAGCAGAUGUGGAACUUGCCGGAAGCGCGUAGGAUUAACCGGUUUCACUUGCAAAUGUGGAAACCUAUUUUGUGCAAUGCACCGAUAUUCUGACAAACAUGAUUGCCCGUAUGACUACCAAGCUGUUGGUCGGGAUGCUAUUGCUAAGUCCAACCCUGUAAUUAAGGCUGAUAAGCUCGACAAAUUCUAGCGUUGCACCAGACUGAUCCGUGUCUUGUUAGUAGUUAGAAAAAAAACCUGCAUUGCUUGUUGAUGGGUGAUGAUGAGUCACUUGUUAGCUAAAUUAGGGGCUUUGUUGUGGUUGGAAUUCUUUGGAUUGUUUGUUGGUUAAUCUGCUUAUUUUUUCUCUCAUUUUAUUAAUGAUAUUUACUGCUUUGUUUGUAUGUCCUUGUGUGUUUUGACAUCAUUUAUGAUAUUAGAUAAUGUUGAUUGGAACUUUUGCUUAA